GGAUGGCUGACGCUGCUGGCAGACGAUGAGACCAGGUGUGUCAACAAGCUGAUGUCAUCUUGUCCUCUCUCCAGCCAGGCCGUAUUUCCACAAUUAUGACUCGAAAACUGCUAUGGAAGGCGUUGAUGGGGUUGUGUGUCUUGAGCGGAGUGUAUAGUAAUGGCGAGGACGACCUCAGCGUGGGAGCUGAGCGGUACAGAAUUGAGGGUCGAGUGGUGAGGCCAGACUCGUCACUCGUCAGUCCUGCCGAAUGGUUCGCCAGUACCAAGGUUUUUACCAAUGGCGGACAUUAUGGCUUUCUCAGAGAAGAUGGGUCCUUUGUGAUUAACAAUGUUCCAUCAGGCUCCUAUGUUGUUCAGGUCAUGAACCCCACCUACAUUUAUGAGCCUCUAAGAGUUGAUAUAAACUCCAAGGGAAAAAUAAGAGCCCGUGCUGUCAAUCACAUUCAGCCAUCAAAUGUUGUACAGAUGCCUCUGUACUCUUUACAGAUGCCUCAUCCUCUUCGUAUGAAAUCUGUUGGACCAUAUCGAUAUUUUCUGCAACGAGAGCAGUGGCGCUUAACUGAUACCCUUAUGAACCCUAUGGUACUAAUGACUGUUCUGCCAUUAGCACUGAUGAUGAUCCUUCCCAGGCUUAAUGAUCCAGAAACACGCAAAGAAAUGGAACAAAUUCAAAUGCCGAAGAUGGACACUCCGGAACUCUCAGAGAUAAUGACUUCAUUAUUUGGUGGUGGCAGUACCAAUACUCAGUGCCAGGGUAACCAGCCUAAAGCGAGAUCUCGUCCAAAUAAACGCAAGGAUAAAUCAUAGUAUGAAUAGAAACAAAUUUGUUUGCAACAUAAUUUCAAUACUGUAGUUUACAAUAACUUAUUAUAUGAAUUAUUCAUCAGAAACAAGGUUUUAGGUUAUUAGAUUUUGUCUUAUGUGCUGAAAUCUGAAAAUCUAUAUAAAAAAUUAUAUUUGGAAAUACUGUUCAUGUAUAUUUAUUACAAGAUACAUUGCAAGUUACAAGAAAUGCUAUAUUAUUUUGAGGAAUUUUGUGUACAGUAUUUUGCUGUACAUUGAACUGCAUAGUAAUUAGUAAGUAUAUUUUUGUUAUAAAUUUAUCAAAAUUGGUAAUAAGACAGUUAUUGAUAAUUGUGGUUGUAUUAAACCUUUAGAAAUUUUGCUAUAAGCUGGAUCAUUUGGUGUCUGAAUAUUUGUACAGUUUAAUAAGUUACAUGUCUUAUGGGAAAUAAUUUCUAAAUAUAUUUAGGAAUGAUGUACUGUAUAGCAAUGCAUUUUUAAGUAAAUUCCACGGGAAUAAGCUUUAAUCAGGUGUACAGUACUGUAUUUUUUAGUUGACACUUUUUUUUGGUGGUCUAACAAUGGAGACUAUAUGAGGAAUGAGUACAGUACUGUACUUUUAAAUUAUAUUAAAUAUACCAAACUGUUUGUAUAAAACAAGAAGAUAACUUAUAAUUUGUGUUGAUAAGUUGUUACUAUAUUACUCUUGCGACUGCCUUGUUAUUGUUAUUUACAUACUGCUUAUUGGAACUUUUUUCUGUGUUGAUUGUCUAAAUGUAACACUUAAGAAAAUAGAUUGUCAAGUACUGUAUCUAAGAUUAAAUUACAUGUGUUUGUGGAUAAUGUAUAGUUUUCUCCAUUAAAAUGUAACAUUCUCA